AUGUCCUCUACUUUGCUUCGAAGCCGGCUCGCUCGGCCCAGCACUUCUUUCUCUUCUGCGCGAAGGGUCUCUGUCUCUCGCAUACCCGAGCGAGCUUUCUCUUGCUCUCCUGUCAUCCAAAACCCCCGUAAGAACCGAGACCCCAGUCUCACCACCCGCCGCUUCACCCAAUCCCACCUUUCGUCCCUCCCAAUCACCCCUCCCCCUAAGCCUCACGCCUCCUCCUCUCUCGCCGAAUCGUCCUUCCACCACUCUCACUUCCCUUUCCCGCCAAACGUCACCCACACUUCCAACCUCACCGAGGCCAACCGGGCUUUGUCUCAGUUGAAGGGCGACACGUUGGGCUUUGAUAUCCAGGGCCCGACUUUUGCGGUGAGGCAUGAGAGUGACUGGGAGUCGGACAGGUAUACAAACACAGUUGUUCACGAUGGGGUGAGGGACCUUCACAGGCCUAUCGUUCCGGAAAGCAGCAUUCCAAAGACUACUAUGGUGCAAGUCUGCGACGAGAAUAAUGUUGUCCUCAUCAACCUCCAAGACUCUGACGCACUCCCCUCCAAGCUGGUCGACAUGGUCUGCAACCAAUACAUCGUAAAAGUUGGCAUCAACGCCCCCACCAAAGCCUCUAAGCUCUUCUCCGACUUUCCCACUUCCUUCCCCACUACCUACUCGUCCGGUAUGCCUUCAUCGCUGCUCGGCCUCACAAACUUUGUGUAUCCAUUCGCCGGUGCGAAGAAUGAGCAGUGGCUGGUCAAGGAGCUUUGUGGCAAGUGGUUGCACAUGGGCUGGGGCGAGGAGGCUGUGAAGGAUGAGGCUGGGGAACGUGACCAUGCUUCCAAUACAGUCUAUGCGAGCUUUAUCAUCUCCAAGAUGAUUGGAAACGCCAAGACUAUCCUCGACCACCUGUCUAUGCCCUAA